UCUCAGUCCCUCCCGCCGCGAGCCGCCCAGGGCGGCGGCCUGCAGCUGCACCGGUCGCGGGACAGAUGCAAGUAGCUGGGGAGAGGGGUGUUUUUGGUCCCAUUGAGGUGUCAGGCAGGGCACAGGAGGAAAAUACAUCCGCGAGUGAGCGCUGGGCCGACAAUACCCAGAACCACCCUUUGCUGCUCCUAGGCGCGGCCGCCGGGGCCUGAUUCAGGGUGGCACACGGGGUGCCGCGAAGGUGCGGAGCCGUCCCUGCUGCGAGUCCGGGUGCGACCCCUAGCAGGAAACCCCAAUAGGCCUGCGGCCUCCCCCGGUUGGCGCCCACCCCUCUUACGAGCGGGCGACUUUCCAGAUGCUGCGAGGACGCUGCGGCUAGUGUUUCCACUCCCAGCUUGUGAUUACCUAGUUUCUAGGGCAAGAAGACUUCCCCCCCGCCCUCAUAAUUUAUUUUCUAUCUUCAAAUUAUGUUUAUCUUGUUCUAAGAAAAUCCGGUUUUUCUUUUUGAAGCUUGACCCAUCACCGCCUUCUCUGGCACUCAUUAUUUAGAGUAAUCAGGUGUUAUCAGUUGCGGAGGCAGCGCAUAGCACAGCGUAGUACUUGGAACCUGACAGUACCUAGCAUGUUUCAACAGUCAGCGCCCGGGUCUCCCCAAGGGAUUAAAUUUGGCAUUCUUUCUCUUGAGACUCAAGUUCGUCUGGCAGAGCUGUUGAUCCUCUCACAAGAUACUGUCAAGUGUGUAGAGUACACUUUGGAAUCUCAAAUUUUAGAGCUGAGCGGUGCCUUACAGAAAAUCUGUUGAUCAUCACAGAGAAGACACCAGGCCUAAAGAGCGUGAUGUAACUGAAGCUAGCUAGACCUCUUGAUAGCUAAGACUCCAAGGCUCCAGACACCUUGGUGAUUGCACCCUCCGGCAUGCCAGGACCGCAGUGCCAGUUUACCCCACUCACCUGUAGAGAAUGUAUCCGGCGGAGGUCAUUAUACUUGGCUUGAUUCAGAUAAUGGAGAAAUCAGGCAUCGCCACUGUGUGGGUUUGAUAGUAUUUCUAGGUGAGGUAGGCCGCCUGUGGUGUAUUUUUGGAACUAAAAGACUUCACCCCUCAGCCACCCCUGAAAAUUUCAUUGCUGUUCUCUUCAAGAAUAACCAUUAUGUGCAGCAUUGGUUGCUUCCUUAUGUUAAGGCAUCAAAGUCUUCUUUAACAAUCUUCAUAUAUUUUAGUUAAGGGUAAAUCAUGAAUCCGUUACCGGACAUCAGCUCCUUAACAGGGAACAGAACACUGAUGGGAUACGACAUGGAAUAGAUUAGUUCUGAGAGCUGGCAAUCAAUGAAAUACCAAGAACCACAAUGGACACUGCCAGCCAUAGCCUUGUUCUUCUCCAACAACUGAAUAUGCAGCGAGAAUUUGGUUUUCUGUGUGAUUGCACAGUUGCAAUUGGAGAUGUUUACUUCAAAGCCCACAGAGCGGUGCUUGCUGCUUUCUCUAACUAUUUCAAGAUGAUAUUUAUUCACCAAACAAGUGAAUGCAUAAAAAUACAGCCAACUGACAUCCAACCUGACAUAUUCAGCUAUUUGUUGCAUAUUAUGUACACGGGGAAAGGGCCAAAGCAGAUUGUGGAUCAUAGUCGUUUGGAGGAAGGGAUUCGAUUUCUUCACGCCGACUACCUUUCUCACAUUGCAACUGAAAUGAAUCAAGUGUUCUCACCGGAGACUGUGCAGUCCUCAAAUUUAUAUGGCAUUCAGAUCUCAACAACCCAAAAAACAGUUGUGAAACAAGGACUGGAGGUCAAAGAAGCUCCUUCUAGUAACAGUGGAAACAGAGCUGCUGUCCAGGGUGACCACCCCCAGUUACAGCUGUCUCUUGCUAUUGGUCUGGAUGAUGGCACUGCAGACCAGCAGAGGGCCCAUCCUGUCACCCAGGCCCUGGAGGAGCACCAGAAGCCCCCAGUUUCCAUCAAGCAGGAGAGAUGUGACCCAGAAUCUGUGAUCUCCCAGAGCCACCCCUCACCCUCAUCAGAGGUGACAGGCCCCACUUCUACUGAAAACAGUAUUAAAAUACACGUAUGCCAUUACUGUGGGGAACGUUUUGAUUCCCGUAGUAAUCUAAGGCAACAUCUCCAUACACAUGUGUCUGGAUCCCUGCCAUUCGGUGUCCCUGCUUCCAUUCUGGAAAGCAAUGACCUUGGUGAAGUGCAUCCCCUUAAUGAAAACAGCGAGGCCCUUGAAUGCCACAGGCUCAGCUCCUUCAUUGUUAAGGAGAAUGAACAGCAGCCAGACCACACCAACCGGGAUACCACAGAGCCUUUGCAGAUCAGUCAAGUAUCUUUGAUCUCCAAAGACGCAGAGCCAGUAGAAUUAAACUGUAAUUUUUCUUUUUCAAGGAAAAGAAAAAUGAGCUGUACCAUCUGUGGUCAUAAAUUCCCUCGAAAGAGCCAAUUGUUGGAACACAUGUAUACACACAAAGGUAAAUCUUACAGAUACAACCGAUGCCAAAGGUUUGGUAAUGCAUUGGCCCAGAGAUUUCAGCCAUACUGUGACAACUGGUCUGAUGUCUCCCUGAAAAGUUCUCGCUUGUCACAAGAACACUUAGACUUGCCUUGUGCCUUAGAGUCAGAGCUUACACAAGAAAAUGUGGAUGCUAUCCUAGUUGAGUAGCAGCUUCUCUUUCAGAAUUUUUAUACCAAUUCUGAAGAAGAAAAUUUGCAUGGCAUUUUUUAUUCAUUAUUUUCCUCCUCGUUUCGUUGACUUUUUUUCUUCACAGCUUAUCCAUGGUUUUAAGGUUGUAUAUAUUAGAUCUUCUCAUAAGACAUAUUAAUAUGUGGCUAUUAAAAUGUAACAUUCAGUUACUACUGUGAACUUUUCACAAAUGAAAUUACAAUUUAGAAAUCAGAAACCAAUGUAGAAAUAUGGAAACUUUAAAUAGUUAUUUAUAAAAUUUCUAAGUUUUUCCAGUUACAGAAUCAGUAAAAUCAAAUUGAAUAUAAAGUAAAUGAAAUCUGUUUUAAAGCAUAUUCUAAACUAUCACUUCUGCCUACAUUUCACGUGAAUUCACUCCUACAAGGAUUAUUUUUAAAUAUUUUCUUCCAUAUAGGAAAUUAAUACUUAUUUUAAUGCAUAACUAUAUGUUAUACAUAUGUUAUAAUGUAUAAAAAUUUAUUUUAAGGUAUACCA